UGGGUUUCCUGUGGUGUAUUCGACAAGUUCAAUAUGGCGGACGUGUUGGAGGAUGAUUUUAGUAGAAAGGUAAACUUGCUCACGACUGGUCCAUUCGAGGAAUUAACUAGGUUGCAGUUGAAGAACAGCAGCUAGUAGCAGGUGAAUUUGGGUCCACGACAAGGGCAUUAGAACAAUGUGAAACGCUGUCGUGUGACCAGAAAAUUAAAGUGGAACCAGAACUUUUAAAUCUACAAAAUGUUGUAGAAGAGACUUCAAUGGCUACCAAGACAGGAAAUCGAUAUAAAGAAUAUGAUGCCUCCCAAGAAUGCAAUUCCAUUCGAGCUGAGAUGAAUUCUACUGAGGUGGCUUUUUCCGAGGGGAAAUUGGAAAGCCACGUGAAUGCACAAAGGCGGGCGUUCCCCACAAUUGCGAAGCCACAGAGAAGGAAAAGACCAAAAGCCAUCGACGACAAAAGCAAGGCAGAAACAAAUUUCAUUAAUCCAAACAAGCGACUCAAGCCUGGUGCUUCUAGUACAGAAAAUCCAGUAGACACGCUUUCUAAAGCUAAUCAAACCGAUAUUGAUCCCAUAAACACACACCGAUAUAUAUCCACCAUCGAAGAUGCGUCUAAUUUUAAUAAUAUCGCUGAUAAGGAUUUACUUUCGACAGGUAUAACCCAUGUUUUCAAUCUGUCCUCUAACUCUACAACAAUGACCAACAGCUCCUUCAAUAUUUCUACUUCCCCAACUAUUUAUCCAUUCAAUCGAUUGGAUAGUUCUUCACACACUAUCGGUGUAAUGACUCGUGGUGGCGCUUUCUCCAGUUCCUCAUCGACCCCUCUAACGUUCACACAUGGGCCCGUUAAGUCACUGACUACCCAAAUUCAAGAACUACAAGCCUCUAUCGAUUCCCACAAUGUAGCCUUGUACGAAAUUAGGCAAGAGUUAUUCAAGACUAAUCAGAACCUUCGGUUUAUUCUUAAUAACCAACAAAACAUAUUAAAGGAAUUACGGCUGAGUAGUCCUAACCCUGUACAACCCAACACAUCAGCUGUGCAUCAGAGUAACGGAGAUAGAUCGCUAGAAGGAGGGACAUUCUUAGGUGUUCAGGGAGUGGGCAUAAGGGAACCUGAAAGAGGCGAGUGGCAAGGACGUCGGCCGCAUAUCAGUGACGCAGAGCUGCAAAGUCUGCGCGGUGAGAAGAGAAAAAAGCCUGAAAACCUCGCGGUGGUUCUCUUGAGAAGACUGACGACACGCCAAGAAAGAGAGGGUAGAACUGUGUGUGGGUUUGGGGGAUCAGGCCUGGAUAAUGACGUCGUGCAAGAUAUAAGACGUUAUUUCUACAGGGCUCUGCCUGACUUUCCCCAAGAUAAGUGGGGACAGUGUAUUUCCGCCAUGAACUCUUAUCUAAGAGGCACUCGUAGAAAGAGGCAACGAGUUCCCAUCGGAAAUAAUUCUUAGAUUAUUUUAUUGUAUAGAUUAUUUAGUUUAUAAUAUAUCAUUUUCUCUGGC